CUAUAUAACUGACUUUGCCCUUCUCUCCUUGCUUCCAAUCCUGUUUAACAUAGCUGCUUGCAUUAGGAUACCCCGCUCUUUACCAAACUAUGGCAUCCCCUAAAAUCAUCUUCUACACCAACCCGAUCUGCCCGUGGGCGCACCGCGGCUAUAUUAUUCUUAAGGAGCUCGGAUUACCAUAUGAAGAGGUAGUCAUUGACUUGGAUACCCCUCGCGAGCCAUGGUAUCUUGAGGUCAACCCGCGCGGUCUUGUUCCAUCAAUUUCCUACAAUGGCCAGAUAAUCACCGAAUCUGGAAUUGUCGCUCGCUUCUUAGCCGAUGCCCACCCUUCUCAUCUGCUGCCCCCAUCCGGUCCGGUGGACAAUGCCUUGUACCGUGCACGUCUUGAUUUCUUUGUCGAUGCUUUCUACAGCAAGGUUGUCCCACACUUCUUCUCCAGCCUUCGUGCUACCAGCCUCGAAGACCGCGAGAUAUCCACAAAGGCUCUCGUCGACGCUGUAGCCAAGGAGAUUGAACCUCUACUGGAAGAAGGAAAGGGGCCUUUCUUUGGCGGAAGUGAGAAACUGACACUUGCAGAGGUUCUCUCGGGUGCGGUCCUGCUGCGUAUUGCUACUUUCGCGAAGCCGGAGUACGGGCUACUACACUCCAGCCUGCCAAGCCAGCUGGAGAAGUUGCCCAAGUUCAAGCGGUGGUUUGAGGCUACGACUCAACACGAGAGUGUCAACUUCAUUUAUAACGAAGAAGUUGUGGCUACCCGAACCAAGCAGAAGUUUGCAAAGGUGUAGGCUCCGAGACAUGUGCCUAGAUGAAUGAUAUAACACAUAUAAUGAUUAUUUUAACUUGACCAUUUUUGACUUUUUUUAUUAUA